UCAUUCUGGUGUCUAUAAAUUUAUAUUGUAGAAAAUUUGUAUUCACCUCGCAAGUUGCAGAAGUCGUUUUGUUCCUUUGCUCAUUGCUGAUUGAAGGUUUUGCUGAUUUUCUGCUUAAGGCAAGCAUAUCCUCUGUCUGCAAUAUUUCAAUGUAUCCACAUAUGACCUACGUUUCCUGCACAUUUAGUACUCUACUAGUCCCUCCUUACUGUUAGUUCGAAGUUAUAACUUUAAUUUUAGGCAAGCCUCUUACGUCAGCUGAAUUUAUUUCAAUUCAAUCCAGCAAAAUCAUGAUUUGAACUCGCAAUCGACUGCUCCAUCAGAAGUAAUUAUCGAUAGUGAAUCCAUUAUUGCAUUACGUUAAAAAUUAUGGGAAAUUAAUUUUCAAUUACAAUUUAAGGGUUAAUUGCAGCCAAAGAAUUCGCUGUCGAAUGAGAGUCACUUUAGCAGAGUUUAAUUUAAAUUAUUUGAAUCUGAGCUCAGCACACGACAACACGCGAAAUUCAAAAUCAAUAAAAGAAAAAGUAAUGGAUUUUAAUGCAAUCAUAAUUUUAGUUUUACUCUCAGCGGUAAUAGUCACACAGCCAUGUCCAAUGGGCGAUGCAACUACCACAAAAAGUAUAAUGAAAAUGGAAAGAGUAAAAUUUUACCAGAAAUUCAUGGCAAAAAUAUGGGCAGAAGAGAGAUUUGAAAGUUGCUUACUUUAUGGAGAUCUGCAAGCAAGUGAAACGCUGCAGAUAUUUCUGCAAAUUUUAUUUGAAGACCUGAGCACACCUAUUCUACUGCAAACCACCAAUUCGUCAUUUCAAAUUGCAAACAUUUUCAAUAGGAAUGUGCUCAGCUUAGUGCGGUUGGAGGAUUUCGAACGUGAACUGCCGAAAAUCGGCGCAACACUUGAGCUUCUGCGACAAAAACGUAUCAUACUCAUCGGCGGUGAGCAGCAAGUGACGAACGCUGACGAUCAGUAUUUAACGAAGCUCUUUCGUUUGUGUGAAACGAAGAAAAUGCUUAAUGUUUUGGUGGUCGAUGGUGAUUUCUGGCAGACGGAAACUUACUACAGUUAUACAAUAUUUCCGCACUUUCGAUUGGAGCGCAAACAUUUGGAAACUUGGAAUGAUUUGGUGUUUCCGCCACGUUUGAGUAACCUGCACGGCUAUGGCAUACGCACGCUACCCGAUCUAACAGCGGCAUGGACUUUUCUGUAUUUGCAGGAUGGACGUGUUAAGGUUGGAGGUUACUUGUCAUGUCUACUGACGAUCUUUGCGGAGACCAUCAACGCUACACUCAUUUACCCAAUGCAAGUCAGAGUUGGCGAGAUAAUCAAUUCUACUACAAUCGAUAAUUUCAUGCAAAAUAAUUUAUUGGAUAUCCCGAUGAAGCACAUAUUCUUGGAAACAGCAAAUACUAUUGAUAUGUCCUCGCGCCCAUACGGUAUUAGUGAUAUUUGUAUUGUAGCACCGGUAGUGUGGUAUCACUCAGUUACGGAUUUCCUCCUAACUUAUUUCGAUGGGAAGUUUUCCGCGUUAAUCUUCAUUAGCUACUUUACAACCAUAAUUUUACUCCAUCUAUGUAUUCGCUUGCGGCGUUUACGAGCAGGUAGACCAUUACAUGGUUGCAUUUUAGCUUCCUACCUCGAACCAAGUUAUAUGGCUUUCAACUAUGGUCCGGCGCAACCGCGGGGCGUGCAAAGUUUGGUAACUUUAAAAAUUUUAAUUUCUUUAUCUUUGGUGUGGUUUCUAUGCAUUCAAACACAUUACGCGGCGAAUCUGAAGACGUUCGUGACCAAACCUGUUGAGAUGCCGGUGCCAAAGAGCUGGGAAGACUUAAAUAAUGUCGGCAUUAAAGUGAUGAUGAGCAGACACUUUUAUUCAUACAAAAGAUUUUGGUGUUACGAAUCCUGUGCAAGGUAUGAACGCUUUUUGAAAAUUUCAGAAUCUCAAGAAAUAACUCGAAAGUAUAUGGAAAGCCUCAAUACCUCGUACGCUUACCCUACAGAUUUAUUCACAUGGCACUUUAUUAAAUUUAAUAUGAGAUCACUGAGUCAACGUGUUUUUCGUUGGACCGAUAUUUGCUUGAAGCGGCAAACUCUGCAGGGAUUUCUGCUGCCACCGAAUUCCGCUUUUAAGGAUUCAUUAGAUCUUUUCCUCACAAGAAUUGCCGAUAGUGGCUUGGCAAAUCAUUGGAUUGAAGUCACAUAUGCUGAAGCAGUACGUUUGAAAAAAAUUAAUAAACUAGCAUUUGCGAACCGGGAUUGGACACAACCAAUCGGCAUGAAAAGCAUAUCAUUUAUGUGGAGCAUGUUUGCCUUUGGCUGGACGAUUGCUUUAGCGGUUUUUAUAUGUGAAAUUGCACUUGCACACUGGAAAAAGCCUUUGACUCGGCGUAAUAAGUAAUAAAUAAAAAUUAUUAAGCACAAUAAAAAACAUAAGUUCUACGCAAAGUUAAUUCACGACAUUCUAAUAAAUUUAUUCAAAAUGCUGUAAUAAAAGGGAAAACUGACUUUUGUA